AGGGGGGAGAGGACACCUCCCUUAGUGUUGUCUUACUUGUUUUCUUUCAGUAGAACAGAUACGAGCGUCAAAGAUUUUUUAAUUGGUAACCUACAGGAUUGAGUGACCUCCUACUGGUUACGAAUAUCUGCAAAAUAUCACAGCAAAUGCGCAGUUGUUCGGGACCUGAAAAUUAGUCAAACUGUGCAUCCCUCGAAAACAAAGGUCUGCUUCCGAAGUUUAAUGAAGAAAAGAAGAUGGCUGCCGUGAACUACGGAAGACAGAAUCUACACCGAGGUGUGUGUUUUGUGACUGCUCAGCAUGGCUGUGGUCAUACGCUUGCAAGGUUUGCCCAUUGUGGCGGGGACCAUGGACAUUCGCCAUUUCUUCUCUGGAUUAACCAUUCCUGAUGGUGGUGUGCAUAUUGUAGGGGGUGAACUGGGUGAGGCAUUCAUCGUUUUUGCCACUGAUGAAGAUGCACGGCUUGGUAUGAUGCGUACAGGCGGUACAAUCAAAGGGUCAAAAGUGUCCUUAUUGCUGAGCAGCAAAACGGAAAUGCAAAACAUGAUUGAGCUUAGCCGUAGGCGGUUUGAAACCGCAAAUGCAGAUCUGCCGCCUGCAAACCCUAGCAGAGCUGUACUGACGCCUACCCCUGGAAUGGGCAGUACCACUGUGCUGAGCAGGGUAAAUUUGCCAACAACUGUACCCAGUUUUAGCAGCCCUUCAACUAGCGCUGUUUCCACAGUUACUUCUGCAAUUGAAAGCAGUAAAAACAUAACUACGUUUUCAACAUCCAACAUUGGAUCUGCUCCACAAACCCUUAGUACUCCUUAUGGUAACCAAACCUAUGCUUCUACAGUGCCUAGUACACCCUCCCCUUUGACUGCAGUACCACCACCUCCAAUGCCGACAAUUCCCGCUUUGCCACCCUUGCCUGCUAUUCCCUCAAUUCCCCCUAUGCCAGUUCCCCCACCAGUACCAACACUGCCUCCAGUCCCCCCUGUUCCACCAAUACCCCCUGUUCCUCCAGUGCCAUCCAUGGCUCCACUUCCACCAAUGUCUGGCAUACCACCCAUAAACCCCCCUCCUGUAGGCCCAGUGCCUGCUGGUAUGAAUGGCUCAGGUUCCUCAAUGAGCAAUAACAUCAACCCACUAUUUUUAGGCCCUGUACAUACAAUGUCAUUAAGUUCUCCAAAUGCUAUGAAGCCACCUCCUUUAAAUCAUGAUGAUCCAUAUGUGUGUCUUCAUGGUCUGCCCCUUCCUGUAUCAGAAGCUGAUAUUAAGGAGCUUUUCCACGGGUUACGGAUAGAUGGUAUUGUGAUUCUAACAGAUCCUAUGGGCCGGCAUAAUGGUAGUGCAUUGGUGAAACUAAUUACCCCUCAUGACACAUUUGAAGCUCUGAAGCGUAACCGAAUGCUGAUGGGCCAGCGUUUCAUAGAAGUCAGUCCUGCUACAGAGAGACAGUGGAUAGUUAAUGGUGGUCAUAUGUUAAAACAACAAAAUGUUGGUCAUCACGGACCUCCUCCUUUGAUGCAGCAACUAAUAACCAGAUCUAAAUCGCCCAAUCCACAGUCUCGCCCUAGGUCCAGAUCCCCACAUGAACAUGGCUUCUGUGUGUAUCUGAAAGGUUUGCCCUAUGAGGCAGAAAAUAAACAUGUCAUAGAUUUCUUUAAAAAAUUAAACAUUGUUGAAGACAGUAUAUACAUAGCCUAUGGUUCCAAUGGCAAAGCAACAGGUGAAGGUUUUCUUGAGUUUAGGAAUGAAGAGGACUAUAAAUCAGCCUUAUGCCGCCACAAGCAAUACAUGGGAAAUCGUUUUGUGCAAGUCCAUCCCAUAACGAAAAAGGCAAUGCUAGAAAAGAUAGACAUGAUUCAUAAGAAAAUGCAAAGCUACAAUUACGGUGAGCAUAAAGAUGCACCCUUGGAUGCAGAGUUUGAUAAACAUGGCCCUAGACUGUGGGGUCACCUGUCCAAUUUACCGUAUAGUAUUAUGAGAAAGGAUAUAAGUCACUUCUUCAUCUCUGAAGGUUUUGCAAUUGAUGAGAACUUUGUACAGCUCCUUACAGAUAACAAUGGGCAAUGUAUAGGACAGGCACUGGUUCAGUUUAGGAGUGAGGAUGAUGCUCGGAAAUCUGAGCGUCUGCACCGAAAAAAGUUGAAUGGGAGAGAUGUUUUCUUACAUAUAGUUAAUGCAGAGGAGAGAAAUGAUAUAGAGCUUAAUCCACCGUUACAUGGUAGGAGAAGCUCCAAAAUGCCUGUAUAUGUGAACCCCCCAUCUGUGGAGACCAAUUCUGUUAGUGAUGAGUUUUCCUUUCCUGGUAGUGGCAUUAAGGAUGCUAAUGGCCCAAAUUUUAACUUUCCUGGUAACUUCCCAGGGCCAAAUAAUUUUGGACUCCCACCUCCUGUUCUAGGAAGCACCUUUGUAGAGCCCAGACCACCUCCUCCAAUGCCAGCAAAUGUAUCGAGUGCUCCAGUUGAUCCUCAAGGCUUUGGAAACAGCCCUAAUAGUUUUGGUGCCCCUCCAUCUCCAUUUGGAAGUGGUGGUCCCCCUCCAUUUGGCAGUGGACCUCCAAAUGCAAAUAUACCACCUAACUUCAACCCAGCCCCUCCGAAUAUAGGAAGUGGACCAGCAAUAUUGAAUGCACCUCCAGGAUUUGGCCCAGGAAACAUGGCAGUUAGCGGGCCACCUGGCUUUGUAGCUGGGUCUGCAAAAUCAGGGCCAACGGUAAUCAGAGUGCAGAAUAUGCCAUUUACUGUUACUGUAGAUGAAAUACUAGACUUCUUUUAUGGCUACCAAUUAAUCCCUGGGUCUGUAUGCUUGAAGUUCAGUGAUAAGGGGAUGCCCACAGGGGAAGCCAUGGUUGCUUUUGAGUCCCGUGAUGAGGCUAUGGCUGCUGUAGUUGAUCUAAAUGAAAGACCCAUUGGCUCAAGAAAAGUGAAACUCACUUUGGGAUAACUUUUUUUUCUUUUUCCUAUGUACAUCCUUCUUUUUAUGUUGACUAACAUAAGCAGAAUGCUUAGUUUGAGUAGGCUGCUUAAAACUGUAAAUAGCUUUGUUAAAGAUGCUGGGACAGAGCUUGACCGCUUACAGAAUAAAUCACUGCACUAAAUAUUUGCAGUCGGUUUCAUUAUAUGAUGAUCUAGUUCAGAAAUGCCUUGGCUACGUUUGUAUAUUCCUAUUAAAACUCAUUUUGAUGUCUUUCACUUUUGAAUUAUUUGGUUUAUAAUUGUUGCACAACAAUAUGACCUGCUUUGUUGUUUCUUCAUUUGCUGAACAAUUUUGGGUACAAGUUAGCAGAAGCGCGUUUAAUGCCAAAGCUCUUCAACCUUGCUGUGUGCUGAUCUCUUCUCAAACUGUUUUACGUAUAUAAACACUUAACAGUGCAGCUGAUCACAAGAACAUUUAUAACAGUGAUUUGUUGCAGUUUGGAAUGCUUUUAUAUGCUGACAAAAACUUCUGAAUUAUUUAUAUUGUCAAAUGUGUAUGUGGAAUAAGAUUUUUGCCGCUGCCUCAGUAUACAGAAGCUGCUUCUAGAUCAAACAGCCUUCUUUAAACCUUUUAUUCAGAGAAACUGAUCUGGGAACUGAACAAAUCUACAUUAUGCCUGUAAAUAUGGCUUGUAUUGAAAAUGUUGUCCAUCUGUUUUAAUUAAAAUUCACGAUAAAAGGUUGGCUCAGACGUUCACCUCUGUAGUCACCAAGGUCAACCGGAUUGUUAUGGUGUGAAUAUGUACAUGUUUACUGUUAUUCAUUAGAUAAAUUGGAAUAACACAUUUCUUUAAGAUGUCACUGGGGCUUGUGUUGAAAAUCACUAGAGUUCCCAGGAAAACCAUUCAUCUUGCUAUAAUAGACAAAUCGCUUCACACGAAUCUAACAAUUGAAUUUUUGUUUAAAUGUAUUGCUUGAAAAAUGUGUUUAAGAUUAAAGUUGCUAUAUGUUAAUUCCAGCUGUCUGUUAUGGGUGGAAGCGAUAUCUUGUGCAAAUCCACCAUGGUUUCCUAAUUUUUCUCAUUUGUAGCAGAAUGUACAUUUAGCGUUUUUUUUUUUUUUGAUGAGCCCAUGUUAAAACACUAACUUGUGUAGUGAAAAAUUGUAAGCGGCAAAACUUUUAUUCGUGUAGUCUGUACAGUAAAUUUCUGUUCCCUGUGUAUGAGUUGAAGGCAUCUCAGUGCAGGCUGUUUGCAUUUGAGAAGAUUAUUCAAAGCUAAAAGUGGUUGCAGUGCAGAGUGGAUUGUUUCUCCAAGUUCUGAAACUUGCUCUAUUGUACAUAUUGUUCAAUCUCUUGUUAAUAAAACUGAACUCUCAUCUAAAGUUUUCACUUCGAACGCUAAUGUGUAAUGUCAUUGGGAAUCUGUUUCUUGAUGGUGGGUAACCUAUUUGGACACAAGUGAAUAUCAUGUUACAAUGAAGUCUGUUCAUUGUAGAUUCAAAAUAUCUGCACAUUUAUGGGAAAUUCUCAGGUCUGAAUUGUGCAUGAUCGUUUUUUUUUGUUUUUUUUUUAAUACUACACAAAUGAUCCUGGAAUAAGCAUUUUCAAUGGUAUUUAGAAAAUGUAUCUUGUCACCAUGCAUUGAUUAUAUUGUGUGUGUGUGUGGGUUUAAAUUUGCAUUGAUGUUCAUGAGAAGUUUUUCUACUGACUGUCAUUUUUUUCAUAUGCUGAAAUCUGCGGACAUCUGUCUUUAUGCUUUCAUUUGUUUCAAAUUAUUUAAAGGUCUUGAAAUGUGA